GCCAUUCACUAGCGGCCCCUGGAGUGGAAUCGUGUUGCCGGACUCACCGCCCCGCCGCGAGUGCGCCUGCGCAGUCCUCGGGCCCUUUCACCUUUGCCUUCCCUCCCCCUGUAGCCCCGCGGGGGCUCUGGGUAGGGUGGAACCAUGUUCACCAGCACCGGCUCCAGUGGGCUUUACAAGGCACCUCUGUCUAAAAGUCUUUUACUGGUCCCCAGUGCCCUGUCUCUUUUGCUGGCCCUCCUCCUGCCACACUGUCAGAGAUUUUUCGUGUAUGACCUCCAAGCAGUCAAGGAUGACUUCCAGAUUUGGAGGCUGAUAUGUGGAAGAAUAAUUUGCCUUGAUUUGAAAGAUACUUUCUGCAGUAGUCUGCUUAUUUAUAAUUUUAGGAUAUUUGAAAGAAGAUACGGAAGCAGAAAAUUUGCAUCCUUUUUGCUGGGUUCCUGGGUUUUGUCAGCCUUGGUUGACUGCAUCCUCGUUGAAGCUGUGUGGUAUUCCUUUGGUAUCACUGCAUCCAGGAACUUGCCUUCUGGAUUCCUGGCACCUGUGUUUGCUCUGUUUGUACCAUUUUACUGCUCCAUACCAAGAGUCCAAGUGGCACAAAUUCUGGGUCCGUUGUCCAUCACAAACAAGACAUUGAUAUAUAUAUUGGGACUACAGCUUUUCACCUCUGGUUCCUACAUCUGGAUUGUAGCCAUAAGUGGACUUAUUUCUGGUGUCUGCUACAACAGCAAAAUGUUACAAGUUCAUCAGGUGCUCUGCAUCCCUAGCUGGAUGGCAAAGUUCUUUUCUUGGACGCUUGAGCCCAUCUUCUCAUCUUCAGAACCCACCUCUGAAGCCAGAAUCGGGAUGGGGGCCACAGUAGACAUCCAGCGACAGCAAAGAAUGGAGCUGCUUGAUCGACAGCUGAUGCUUUCUCAGUUUGCACAAGCAAGGCGGCAAAGACAGCAGCAGGGAGGAAUGAUCAAUUGGAAUCGUCUUUUCCCUCCUUUACGUCAGCGACGAAAUAUAAACUAUCAGGAUGGUCAGCGAUCUGAACAGCAAGCACCCCCUCCUCUAGAGGUUUCUGAGGAACAGGUCGCACGGCUCAUGGAGAUGGGAUUUUCUCGAGGUGAUGCUUUGGAAGCCCUGAGAGCUUCAAACAAUGACCUUAAUGUGGCUACCAACUUCCUGCUGCAGCAGUGACGGUCCCAGCUGACAACACUGGCGCUUGCCAAGCUGCUGACCACAGCGGGCGCUGUCCCCGAUACCGAAUCAGCCUGAGCACCCAGCACCGUCUGGCACCUACGUUCUCACUGUUCUCUUGGGCAGAGGGUGGUUCUCGCGCUCCCUCCUUUAAUUCCAAGAUCGUUACUGUAAGAGUAUCGAAAAUACAUUUCCAUACUCUAAGUUUGCCAUUAAAUUAGCAUGUGUUUUCUAUCUUUAUUUUUUAUCGGGUAUUUUCCUUAGUUUGAAGAAUCAUCACUCGUUUCUAAUGUUUAAAAUGCAUUCAGAUUGCAGAUAUCUGCAAGCAGUUGACGAACACUCCAGAUGAGAAAUUACUGCUAUUAUAAUAUUCUUUUUAUUAUAAUGCAUCUUCCUACAUUAUAUCUGAUCAUAAAUGCCGUAAAAGGAGAAAGGGGAAUGUUUUAAGAAAGGACAUGUCAGAUUAUUCCACAGGGACUUUUUUCAUCUCUUUUUUUUUUUUCUCAAAUUGGCUUUCAAACUCCAGUGACUAUUCAGUGUCCACACUUCCAAGGGGGUGAGCAGUACCUAUCUGCUGCGUGCAGUGCUGGCCAGGCCUAGGUGAUGAAGGAGAAACAGAACUAAAUUCUACUCUAUACUGUCCCAGCCCAUUCUUGUCCAGGGAAUUUUCCACCCCCUCCUCCUCCCCACUUCCAUUAAAAAAUAAUGAUGAUAAAUGCUGAAUCUAGGAUCUGGAAUACUCCAUGAAACUUAACUCGAGUUAAUUUUACAUAGAAUAUCCACAGUUACCCACUCAGGUUGGGGUGAAAAUGAGGCAAAGAGAAAGCAAAGAGGACAGUGGGCAGGCUGGAGCAAUACGGGGCCAGACCCACCUGCUCGGUGGCUGGCUCAGCGUGGGCUCAGCCCUAGAGCAGAAAAGAAAACACUCUGCUCAUCCCAGCUGCAGGGCCAUCCCCUCUAGAAGCAGGUUCUCCCUGGCCCCAAGGAUUGACCGGAAAUUCGGCAUAAGGCAGAGUAGACCGUGGAGGAUUCCAUCACAGAGAGGUGGAGAAGGCCGGAGGUGGACGAACAUGAAAAGAUCUAAAGCAGGGUCACUCUUGAGAUUUAAGGAAAUUGCAAUGAUUGUGUUCUGUAAAAUGAGUAGAAAUAUAUCAAAUUGAUGUAAAUUUGGACAGAUAUGAAACAAAAUAAAGUUUUUAAUGUGUUUUA